AAAGAGACGGAGGGAGUACUUCCUUCGUUAUAUAGCUAGAAAUAAAUGCAAGAUUUCUUAGUUCUUAUCAAUUAUAUAAACAUAUCCAAGAGAAAGAGAGGAAUUUAAAAAUGAAAAAUCAUGCAGUAUGCAUACCAUUUCCAGCACAAGGUCAUAUAAGGCCCAUGCUGAAAUUAGCUCAACUCCUCCAUUCUAAUUUUGGUUUCCACAUUACCUUCAUCAACACUCAACAUAAUCACCAAACCCUUUUUCAUGAAUAUUUAGAAACCAUGACUCCUAAUACCUUCAGAUUCGAGUCCAUACCCGAUUGUAUCGACGACUUGAACAAUAUCUUAUCUAUUAUUACCUCUAUUUUGGACAAUCAUUUGGGGCCUCCCCUUAAAAAGCUCCUUCUAAAGCUUGGUGGUAAGAACGACAAUUUGCGGCCACCGGUGACGUGCAUGGUUUCCGAUGUUGCCAUGUCGAAUUUCACCCUCGAUGUGGCUGAUGAGUUAGGGAUUCCGGCAGUGGUGUUGCAGACAAGUAGUGCUUGUGGAAUGAUGGGUUACUUGCAACAUCGUCAACUUCUUGACAAAGGCAUUAUACCCCUUAAAGAUUCAAAUUACCUCACAAAUGGUGAUCUUGAUAAAAUUAUUGAUUGGAUACCAAGUUUGAAGGGGAUAAGGUUAAAGGAUAUGCCAACUUCUAUUAGGACUAUGGACCUAAAUGAUAAGAUGAUGAAUUUUGUGAUGUCAUCUGAAUAUAGAGCUCUGAAUUCACAAGCAAUCAUUAUCAACACAUUUGCUGCUUUGGAGCAAGAUGUUCUUAAGGAUCUCUCAUCCUUUUCACCAAAUAUCUACCCAAUUGGGCCACUUAAUUUAUUAGUGGACCAAACUAUUCCGAAUGAUGAGGCCAAUUGGCCCAUUGGGCCUAGUCAUUUGUGUAAUGAAGAAGAUAUUGAGUAUAUCCAUUGGCUUGACUCCCAAGAGCCCAACUCAGUUUUGUAUGUAAAUUUUGGGACAAUUGUAGUUUUGACCCAAGAAAAACUUGUUGAGUUUGCAUGUGGGCUUGCAAAUAGUAAUCAUAAGUUCUUUUGGGUGGUAAGAACCGGUCUAGAUAAUACUUUUUCCAUUGGAUUUGAGGAAGAGAUCAAGGAAAGGGGUUUAUUGGCAAGUUGGUGUGACCAAGAAAGGGUGUUGGGUCAUCCCUCUAUUGGAGGGUUCGUUACUCAUUGUGGGUGGAAUUCGAUGAUUGAGAGUGUAAGUAAUGGUAUUCCGAUGAUCUGUUGCCCGUUUUUCGCCGAGCAAGGUACUAAUAGUUGGUACUGUUGUAAUUAUCUUGGCGCUGGUGUAAGUUUGAGUACAUUCGUGGAAAGAGACGAAGUUGAGAAGGCGGUGAAAGAGUUAAUGGAGGAAGGAAAGGGCAAGGAGUUGAAAAAGAAAGCCAUCGAGUGGGGACAAUCGGCACAAGAAUCAACUAUGAGUCCAAAUGGAUCUUCGUAUGUUAAUUUAAAAAGCAUAGUCAAUAAUGUACUUGUUUCAAAUCAUACUAAUCAAAUAAGAGAUGUUUAGCAUUGUGAAAAUAGUAAAAAUAUUAAUUGAGUAUGAAUAUUCUUUUUACACUAUUAAUUGAGUUAUAUCCUAACACUUAUAAAGUUUCA